AUGCAAACACCCAAUAUCAUUGAAGUUCGACAGUACCGCCUGUUCCCAACGAAUCUCGUCCCAAACUCACCGAGACCUUUAUUACAUUACAAGAAUGUCCUCGCUAGGAGACCCAGCAGCUCUCAUUGCGACCCAGCCGACGUCUGGGACAUGUUCAAUCAGAAUGGGUGGAAUGUGCAGUGGAUAUUCCGAUACGGUGAAACACAACUGUCACACUACCACUCCAAGGCGCACGAGUGCAUGGCAGUUCUCUCGGGUACCGCCAAGAUUAGAUUCGGUGUAGCGGACACAUCCGAUGAUCUGUUUGAGAAUACACACGGAUCUUCUUGGGAGGAAGGCGGGAUUGAACUGGAAGCCGAAGCUGGCGACGUUUUUAUCAUUCCUGCUGGUGUCGCGCACAAGACAUAUGACGCGAAGCCUGAAGCAGAGUUCAAGCUCUUAACACCAGGGACUGGACAUGGUAUUGAGGCCAAUGACCCGAGGAAAGCGUUGGAUGAUAUUCAGUUAUCUGGCUACACCAUGAUGGGAGCUUAUAACGGUGGUGACUGGGAUUUUGUCAAAAGCGGGGGAGACUUUGAGAAAGUAUGGGCUGUUCCGAAGCCGAGUCUUGAUCCUGUAUUUGGAAAGUCCGAGCGAGGUCUUUGUAGGACAUGGCGGGGAAGUGGCACUGCGUCUGCCCGUCUGUAA